GUCACGCUCUUUUGUCUCCGUGGGCCGAAGAUAAAAGCAGCGGCGGCUGCCGUGGGAACCGUGCUGUCUGGACUCAGCUACCCCUCGCUGGUGGCGGGGGGCGCCGUGCGGAGCAGCUCCGCGGGCAGCUCCGGGUCGCUUAAGCGGCCGGGGACGUGCCCGUCCUCUUCCCUCGCAGGGCCGCGGAGACCGGAAGGCGGCAUCCGCAGCUGGCAAGGCCCGAGGGUCCGCAGCCCACCGAGCCGAGCACAGGCCAUCAAAGCCGAAUCCGAACUUGAAUUCUGUGCGGCUGAUUGCAGAGCUGGUCUCGGAUCGGCGACCCCCCGGUGGACAAAGAUCGGCUGUUAGCCUGGAGACGAGCUUUCUCGCGGAGGCCACCGGUUGCAGAAGCUGGAAGUGAAAUAAAGGCGCGCGCGCGCGCCCGUUCCUGCGCUCCUCCCCUACUGAGAUAGGAGAGUCCCCCAGCACGCCUGCACAUUAGGCUAACCCACAAAGCCUGAGCGUCUUGUUCCAUUCGGACACCCCGAUCGUCAUCAGUCAUGGCUAGCAUCAUUGCGCGCAUGGGUAAUAGCCGGCGGCAGAACGCACCCUUGCCGCCGUGGGCCCAUUCUAUGCUGAGGUCCCUGGGGAGAAGCCUCGGCCCUUUAAUGGCCAGCGUGGCAGAGAGAAAUAUGAAGUUGUUCUCGGGGAGGGUGGUGCCAGCCCAGGGGGAAGAAACCUUUGAAAACUGGCUCAUCCAAGUCAAUGGGGCCCUGCCGGAUUGGAAUAUGUCUGAGGAGGAGAAGCUCAAGCGCUUGCUGAAAACGCUUCGAGGCCCCGCCAGGGAGGUCAUGCUUUUGCUGCAGGCGGCCAACCCCAAUCUAAGUGUGGCCGAUUUCUUGCGUGCCAUGAAAUUGGUGUUUGGAGAAUCGGAAAGCAGUGUGUCGGCUCACGGUAAAUUUUUUAACACCCUGCAGGCGCAAGGGGAGAAAGCCUCCCUUUAUGUGAUCCGUUUAGAGGUGCAGCUCCAGAAUGCUAUUCAGGCGGGGAUCAUAGCUCAGAAAGAUGCAAACCAGACCCGCCUGCACCAGCUCCUUUUAGGGGCCGAGCUGAACGGGGACCUGCGCUUUAGGCUGAAGCAUCUUCUCAGGAUGUAUGCAAAUGAGCAGGAGCGCCUCCCCAGUUUCCUCGAGUUGAUCAAGAUGGUCAGGGAGGAAGAGGAUUGGGAUGACACUUUCCUUAAACAGAAACGGCCCAAAAGAUCCGAGUCACUGGUGGAGAGGGCCACCAGCCUGAUGGCAUUUCAGGGCUCCCCGCAGAUAGUGGUCGGCAGUCCCGACUGCAACGUGAUAGAGAUAGAUGAUGCCCUCGAUGACUCAGAUGAGGAUGUGAUCCUGGUGGAGUCUCAGGACCCUCCACUGUCAUUCACGGCUUCUCCGCUCCCCAGACGCAGGGCCAGGCCUCGGGACCAAGUGCUAGUCAUCGAUUCCCCUAGCAGCUCCCGGGCUCAGUCUCCUUCCACCAGCGGGGGUUCUGGGCAUAAGAAUGAUGGUUCUAGGCACCUGCGUAGAACCAGGAAGCGAAAACACACAAUCCGCUGCUCCUACUGCGGCGAGGAGGGCCACUCAAAGGAAACCUGUGACAAUGACAGCAGCCGGGCCCAGGUGUUUGAGAAUCUGAUCAUCACCCUGCAGGAGCUGACCCAUACAGAGGAGGAGGGACCCAGAGAGGCCCCUGGCCAACAAGAUGACCCUUCUGAGCUGCAGUGAGCUGGUGUCCCGUAGCCUUAAAUGAACCCUAACCCAUAUUCUGAGUCCAGCAACGGGACAACUGGGGAGGGGCGCUUCUAAUUGCAUGAAUCCACAAAGCAGCUUUCCUUCGGGAGUGGAGUAGAGAGGGUCUUGAAUACCAGCACAGUGGAGGGAGACAGCCUGACCUCUGUCCUUGCUUCCCCAGCCCCCCUGCCUAAGGGCCUGUUUGCGCACUCAUUUCCUCGCUGGCUCUGUUCUCUUUGUGAAAGUGGCAUCAUUCAUUGUUAGAUCUUCAAACAGAGAAAAGUACAAGAAAGUAAAGUACAAGUUACCCCCAGCUCUCCACCCCGGCCUAACCGUCGUCAUCCCUUUGAUGGACGUCCUUCUAGAUACUUCCCUAUACCUGUGUACCCUGAUAGACGUAUGUAUAGAUAAAAAUGAUCACAUAGAAGUGCUGUUCUAUAGUCUGUAUUUUUUCACCAAAUGAUCUAUGUCGUGGGCUUCUUUCUAUGUCAAUAAAUAUUUAUCAGCAUCGA